CUUGUUUCCCCUUAGGCGUACACCAAGCAGGAACAAUGGAACGAAAAGCUUCCCGCAACCAGAUCCUUUUUUUGCCAGCGGAACGCAGGCGCUGGGACCUUCAGCCGCCGGGGGGACCAGAGAGGAACGGACUCACGGCCCGGCGGUUGCCUGGUAACUCCCGCUAGGGGAGUCCCAGCGUGAGAAGGUCCCGGAGAAGUGUCGCUGGCCCCGAGUGGGACCCCGUAGCCCGUUCUCUCUGCGCCAGCCUGUCCCCGCGGCUUGGCGGGCUAGGGCAGGGGAAAUGUUGCAGGAGGAGUCGGAUCUGUCUCUCGUUAUCGCCCAGAUAGUCCAAAAGCUCAAGGGCUCCAAUUUGUACGCUCAGUUGGAACGGCAGGCCUGGGCCUGUCUUCAGAGACCUGAGAUUAAACUUGAAUCACUAAAAGAAGAUAUUAAGGAAUUCUUUAAAAUAUCAGGUUGGGAGAAGAAACUUCAGAAUGCUGUUUAUAGUGAACUGAGUGUGUUUCCUUUACCUAGUCAUCCUGCUGCACCCCCUGAACAUCUGAAAGAACCUUUGGUUUACAUGAGGAAAGCACAGGGAAGCUGGGAAAAAAGAAUUUUGAAGAGUUUAAAUAGUAUGUGCACUGAACUGAGUAUCCCAUUGGCACGAAAGAGGCCAGUUGGAGAACAGAAAGAACUGCUCAAUAAAUGGAAUGAAAUGGGAACUGAUGAACCAGAUUUAAGCCUUUUCAGACCUGUUUAUGCACCAAAGGAUUUUCUGGAGGUGUUAAUUAAUCUUCGCAACCCAAAUUAUGAAAAUGGUGAUUCUCUUAGUUUCAGGACUCAUCUGGGUUUAAUCCAAGUACCUCUGAAAGUAAAAGACAUCCCUGAAUUGAAAGAAUUCUUUGUAGAACUCGGCUUAACUACAGGACAGCUGGGUAUAGAUGAUUCUACACAAGUGCCUCCUGAACUUUUUGAAAAUGAGCAUGUACGUAUUGGGCAAAAAGUUCUAGCAGAACAAGAUGGUGCAGCUGCUCAACAGUAUAUCCGACAAGGAAGCCCCACGGCACUGAGAGCAGACUUAUGGGCUCUCAUUUUGAAUAUUUCCAGUCAACCGGAGGAUAUCUUAUAUUAUGAGCAGCUUAAGACCAAUGUGAUACAGCAUGACCUUUUGGUGGACAGUCUAAUCUAUAAAGAUGUGAAGUUGACAGCAAGCAAUGAUGAUUAUUAUUUUGUAUUUGAAGAUUAUUUAUAUCAGGUAUUACUUUGUUUUUCCCGGGAUACAUCUGUGUUGGGUCAUUUUGUGUACAACAGUGCUUCACCACCAAAAUCAUACAUAAGAGGAAAACUAGGACUAGAAGAGUAUGCGGUCUUUUAUCCACCAAAUGGUGUAAUCCCUUUCCAUGGAUUUUCAAUGUAUGUUGCACCGCUUUGUUUUCUCUACCAUGAACCUUCCAAAUUGUAUCAGAUAUUCCGUGAGAUGUAUGUGCGUUUCUUCUUCAGACUCCAUUCCAUCUCUUCUCAUCCUUCUGGUAUUGUGUCCCUCUGUUUGCUGUUUGAAACUCUUCUUCAAACCUAUCUCCCCCAGCUCUUCUAUCAUCUACGAGAAAUUGGGGCUCAACCACUUCGCAUAUCCUUUAAAUGGAUGGUUCGAGCUUUCUCUGGAUACUUAGCUACAGAUCAACUCCUGCUUUUGUGGGACAGAAUCCUAGGAUACAACUCUCUGGAAAUUCUUGCUGUGCUGGCGGCAGCUGUGUUUGCUUUCCGAGCAGUGAACCUGAUGGAGGUGACAUCACUGGCUGCAGCCGAAGCAGUUCUUGCUGACCUUUCUACUUUAAAAGUUAUGCCUCUUCUUCAAAUUUUUCUGUUUGCUACUGUCACCUGAUCUUCUUCAAGGUCACUGACAACACAUCUAGUUUUUCAUUAGAAAAUAAUCAUGAACUAUGCAAACUCUGCAUAAAACCAAAAUGAAACUUUGCAUAUAAGCCAAUAAAGAUCAUGUUCCCUCUUCAGUUAAACCUAAGUAGUUUUUCACUUUUUGAAACAGUAACUCCGCACACCAAAUAUUGCACUGCAUGCUGCUGAUUUUCAAGAGAGAAGCAAUAGACAUAACUUCUGCUAAAUUGAGCAUACUAUAUAUAUACUCCUGACUUGUAAAAGGCAUGUAACAAUAUAUGCAAUAAGAACUCAAGAUACUGUAAUAAACUUGAGGUAAUGUAGCCUCUGGGACAAUUUUCUUCUGCCAGUUUGCAAAUUUAUCUCUAGAUAAUGUAUCAUUUUGUCUUGUAAAUUGCUCUUCACUCAGAGCCACGGGUGGCGUAGAAAGUGGGAAGAUUUGAAAAAGGUAAUGGAAUUCAAAUGUACUUUGGGGUUCUUAACGACUUUUCUCUCACCGGACAUCUUCUAGAUCCCCGUCCACUUUAUUUCUCCCUGAAAGGUCUCAAUGGGGCAGGUCAAAUACAGUUGUCUCCAUCUGACAGUGUUUUCUUCA